GGCGCAGUCCAUUUUGGCUGGCAGAGCGCAAAGCAAACACCACUCGCUGAACUCCACCCCACACCCUACACCACACCAUAGCACCAUGUCUGAGCCGAGGCUGCUGUUCAGCGGGUUUCUGACCAAGCGUGGGCACAUCCGGAAGAACUGGAAGCGCAGACACUUUGAACUUACAGAUGACAAGCAAUUAAGAUACUUUGUCGUCUCUUCACACAGACACGAGGCUGGUCGCCUUGAUCUGACACGGUGCACGCAGGUGGCGCCAGGCGGCCGAUGCAAGAUCUCAUGGUACUCUGGCGCAAACCCGCACCUGUGUUUCGGCGUCUUCACGUCCAACAAAUCCCUCUACGUGUUUGCACAAACCAAAGAGGACCUGGAGGCAUGGCUGCAGGCGCUCCGCUCCGUUGUGCCCAAGGGUGUGCCCGUCACCACCGCGGAGGAGAUUGCGCUGUCGUGGGAAGGUCGGCGGCGCUGGUCAGCAGUCCCCAAAACACAAGACGAGGACAUCAUGUAUCGCGUGACCGUGUUCCCCAACGGCAAGCGCGCCGGCGGGAAAGUGCUCGAGCUGCCCACCAGCUUUGACAAGCUGCGCAUCGUUGCCUCGGACGCUAUGGGCUUCCCAGUCGGCGCCGUCUUCGCACCAGAUGGGACCCAGAUCAAGGACAUUGGCUUUGUCAACGACGACGACGUGCUGGUUGUGUCGUCGGGGGAGCCGUUCAGGUGCCCGCCAGAUGCGGUGUGGCAGCCACGCCUCAUCGGCGCUGCAGCAGAGGGCCUGGAGGGGCUGGAGGGCGUGGAGUCGAGCGACGAGGCCGACGACGAGCAGGACGCAGAGGCGAAUCUGGAGACGAUGCUGCAGGAGCUCGAGCACGAGGCGUCGGGGCUCAAGAGCCGAUUGGAGGACGGCACCGCUCUCGACACCAUAUUUGAGGGCGGCGACGACGACGACGACGACGAUGACGGGUACGACAGGGAAGACUACGACAACAUGGACCUUGCGUUGGACGACCCGGAGGACCCGUACAUCUCGCUGGCGGACAUCAAGGCGAUGCGGCAGAUGGACGAUGCGCCCGAGACGGCGCCAGGCAGCAGGAAGGCGUCAGGCAGCGUGGACACGGGGUACAUGGACGUGGCAGACACAGCUGCAACAGCAUCCCACACCACCAGCGGUGGUACAGUGGAUACGGGGUACAUGGAUGUGGGAGAGGUGCGGAGCGAGAGCACAGUGGACACCGGGUACAUGGACGUUGCUGAUGCAAGGAGCACGGGCCCAGCGGAUGGCGGCUAUGCGGAGAUCAGUGACGUGCGUGCAGGCAACGCCACGAGUGGAGACACGGGGUACAUGGACGUGGGAGAGGUGAGACACGGGGCACCGGGCGAUGGCGGGUACGCGGAGGUGGCGAAUGUGCGGGAGGAGGGCUACAUGCAGGCGGGGGACAUGCGGUCUGCUGACAGUGGCGGGUACGCGGAGGUGGCAGAUGUGCGCCCAGAGACAGACGCCUAACUCCCGGCGGAAGGACGCGUGGGCGUAGGCGAGUGAGUGAAUGAGUGUGUUGCAUGGUGUGUGUGUGUGUUGCGCGUUGUGUGUGUAUGAGUGAGUGAGUUGUGUGUGAGUGAGAGAGUGAGUGUUCUCUGUGCGUGUGCGCGGUAAUGAGCGAAUAGCUUGAAGGAUGUUGUUGUCGUGCUUGCAAGUGUUGGUUUGUUUGUUCCCUUUUCUGUCGCUUUCGUUUCAUCCGCUGUUAUCGGAUUCGCUCCUCCCUGUCCCUUUCUCGUUCCGCGACGUCUGGUGUUGCUCAUAUGGACCUCGGUGGAUUCAUUGCAGUUCCGUCGUGUCUGUUCAUCGUUGUCGGCAUGUUCACCACCACACUCAAUACCAGACACAACAUCACGUGCACUCGCCCAAGCAGUGCGUGCCUUGAAGAGAACGUAACAUCA